AUGGGCAAUCCUCAUAGUCCUGACGAAUCCUCCGCUGCAAUAUACGCCGAGGAGACCAUCCUGCAGGGCGCGCUCCUCUCCAAUAUCGUAUAUGGCGUACAGCUCGCGCUCUUCGCCAUGUGCUUCACGGCGUUGGUGCGCGUUAAAAAUGGCGACAAGUCCAAAGCACGGCGACAACUCGCCCUGCUAGUUUUCACUUGCGUCAUCUUCGUCAUUGGCACGCUGUUCAUGGGCGCGCAAGUGAAGUUCACGCAGCUCGCACUCAUCGAGAACCGCAAUUAUCCCGGCGGUCCUAGCGUGUACUACAAGGCCGAAUUUUCAAAUUCCGUAGACGAGAUCGCAAACGUUUGUUUCGUAGUCGGGAAUUGGAUCAUGGACGCUUUUCUCGUCUGGCGGUUUCUGGUCAUAUUCCGGCGGUGUGGGUCGACGUGGGUUGCAGCGCUAGCGUGUCUUCCCUGCUUAAUGCUGCUUGCGUCAGUGGCCCUCGGCACCACGCUUUUAGUCCAGAUGAUGGGCUCGUCGCCCUUCUCGUUCGUCAACAUCACGCUUUCCUACUAUGUGCUCUCGCUCACCCUCAACAUUCUCGUAACUCUCCUCAUCGUCGGAAGACUGCUACUGUUCCGACGAUCCAUCACACGCACACUUGGCCCUUUACAUGCCUCCAGUAUUCCCUACGUUACGAUUUCCGCGAUGCUCAUCGAGUCUGCGUCACUCUAUUCUGUGUUCGCCCUCUUGUUCCUUGUACCCUUUGGGCUUAAUAACGCACUCGCAAAUGUAUUCAUCCAGACCGUGAGUCAGGUGCAGAUCGUUGCUUCCCUACUCAUCACUUUCCGUGUUGCUACUGGGAAAGCAUGGACAGGGAACAGCAGCGUCGAACAGAUGGCGAGUUGCAACGGUGGCUUCAAUUUGGGUCAGCCGCAGAGCGGGCUACCUGACAGCAUGAUCUUCGCCCCCUCCAGCGCUGCGAAUAUGGUAUCGGAUCCUGUUCGCUCCAAUGACACAACAAACAAGCCCGAAAAUUCAUGA